GCGCGCGCGGCUCGCCGCCGCUCUGCUGGCGCCGGGGCUCGCCGCGGCGGCGGCGGCCGCGGCCUUCUCGGCGGGCCCCGCGGCGCGCGCCAUCGACGAGCAGGUCGCCGCCCCGCUCGUCCGCGCCGCGGCGCCGCAGCGCGUCUUGCGCGCGGCCGCGAGGGGCGGGUCGCGGGCGCCGUCGGUGCGCCUGGGCGCCGUGGACGGCGCCACCGCGGCCAGCAUCAAGCGCAUGCUGCACGUCGGGCGUUACCCGGCGAUGUGGCUGGAGGAGAGUGGUUCGGGCCUGCCAACCUCGAGCGCGCAAACCUGCGCAUCACGGGGAUGGAGACGUAUGCCAUCGUGGCGGCCGUGUUGCUCCAGGUGAUCCUGGGGGUCUAUGGCUCCGUUUCCGAGCCCCAGCUAGACGACCCGCGGAUCAGGUACCCGCGGUUGCAGAGGCGAGUCUUCGAGGCCCAGAUGGUGCUGCUGAUGAUAGCAGUGCUUUGCAGCACGUACACAAUGGUAAUGUUCCUGCUCAUUAAGAUCUACUCUGUGACGGCCCUCGGCCUGUACAAGGACGUAGCAUACAAGGCGUUCACGCAGGCCACGGUCGGUAUCAGGUCCGACGCCUUCUGGGCCCUGAUAUCGUCCAUCAUCACGUUCUUGUUGGCGUUCAGCUUGAACUUGUACAGCAAAGUGAAGGGGAACCGAGGCAUCGCUUCGGUCCUCUGGUUGUCUGUUGUAACAAUAGGCUUCGUCGUUGCGCUCCUCCGUGAAGGAGGGCAGGUGCUGAUGAUCGCGGACAAACUCAUCUUCAGCGCCUAA